CUCUCUCUCUGCUGCCGCUGCUGCCGUUGGCUCUUAUUCUCCUCCUCCUCCUCCUCUCUCCUCCUCUCUGCUUCUCUCUGCUCCUCUCUCCUCCUCUCUCCUCCUCCUCCUCCACCUCCUCCUCCUUCUCCCCCUCUCUCUCCCCCUCUUUCUCUCUUCUCUUUCUCCCCCGUCCCCCCCCGCCCCCUCCCCCCCAGGCCUGAUGAGCAGGUCUCGCGCCUCCAUCCAUCGGGGGAGCAUCCCCGCGAUGUCCUAUGCCCCCUUCAGAGAUGUACGGGGACCCCCUAUGCACCGAACCCAAUACGUUCAUUCCCCAUAUGAUCGUCCUGGUUGGAACCCUCGGUUCUGCAUCAUCUCGGGAAACCAGCUGCUCAUGCUGGAUGAGGACGAGAUACAUCCCCUUCUGAUCCGGGACCGGAGGAGCGAGUCCAGUCGCAACAAACUGCUGAGACGCACAGUCUCCGUGCCGGUGGAGGGGCGGCCCCACGGCGAGCAUGAAUAUCACUUGGGUCGCUCGAGGAGGAAGAGUGUCCCAGGGGGGAAGCAGUACAGCAUGGAGGCCGCCCCCGCUGCGCCCUUCCGGCCCUCGCAAGGCUUCCUGAGUCGGCGGCUAAAAAGCUCCAUCAAACGCACGAAGUCACAACCCAAACUUGACCGGACCAGCAGCUUUCGCCAGAUCCUGCCUCGCUUCCGAAGUGCUGACCAUGACCGGGCCCGGCUGAUGCAAAGCUUUAAGGAGUCGCACUCCCACGAGUCCUUGCUGAGUCCCAGCAGUGCAGCCGAGGCCUUGGAGCUCAACCUGGAUGAAGAUUCCAUUAUCAAACCAGUGCACAGCUCCAUCCUGGGCCAGGAGUUCUGCUUUGAGGUAACAACAUCAUCCGGAACAAAAUGUUUUGCCUGUCGGUCUGCAGCUGAAAGGGACAAAUGGAUCGAGAAUCUACAGCGGGCAGUAAAACCCAACAAGGACAACAGCCGCCGGGUAGACAAUGUGCUGAAGCUGUGGAUCAUAGAGGCCCGGGAGCUGCCCCCCAAGAAGCGGUACUACUGUGAGCUCUGCCUGGACGACAUGCUGUAUGCACGCACCACCUCCAAGCCCCGCUCUGCCUCAGGGGACACCGUCUUCUGGGGCGAGCACUUUGAAUUUAACAACCUGCCGGCUGUCCGUGCCCUGCGGCUGCAUCUCUACCGUGACUCAGACAAAAAGCGCAAGAAGGACAAGGCGGGCUAUGUCGGCCUGGUGACUGUGCCAGUGGCCACCCUGGCUGGGCGCCACUUCACAGAGCAGUGGUACCCUGUGACCCUGCCAACAGGCAGCGGGGGUUCUGGGGGAAUGGGCUCGGGAGGCGGAGGAGGGUCAGGGGGUGGCUCAGGGGGCAAGGGCAAAGGAGGUUGCCCGGCUGUGCGGCUGAAAGCGCGUUACCAGACAAUGAGCAUCCUGCCCAUGGAGCUAUAUAAAGAGUUUGCGGAGUAUGUCACCAACCAUUAUCGGAUGCUGUGUGCAGUAUUGGAGCCUGCUUUGAAUGUCAAGGGCAAGGAGGAGGUUGCCAGUGCACUGGUUCACAUCCUGCAGAGUACAGGCAAGGCCAAGGACUUUCUUUCAGACAUGGCCAUGUCUGAAGUAGACCGGUUCAUGGAACGGGAGCACCUCAUAUUCCGCGAGAACACGCUCGCCACUAAAGCCAUAGAAGAGUAUAUGAGACUGAUUGGUCAGAAAUACCUCAAGGAUGCCAUUGGGGAGUUCAUCCGUGCUCUGUAUGAAUCUGAGGAGAACUGCGAGGUGGACCCCAUCAAGUGCACGGCAUCCAGUCUGGCUGAGCACCAGGCCAACCUGCGGAUGUGCUGUGAGUUGGCCCUGUGCAAGGUGGUCAACUCCCACUGCGUGUUCCCGAGGGAGCUGAAGGAGGUGUUUGCAUCCUGGAGGCUGCGCUGCGCAGAGCGGGGCCGGGAGGACAUCGCCGACAGGCUUAUCAGCGCCUCGCUCUUCCUGCGCUUCCUCUGCCCAGCAAUUAUGUCGCCCAGUCUGUUUGGGCUCAUGCAGGAGUACCCAGAUGAGCAGACCUCACGAACCCUCACCCUCAUCGCCAAGGUCAUCCAGAACCUGGCCAACUUUUCCAAGUUUACCUCAAAGGAGGACUUUCUGGGCUUCAUGAAUGAGUUUCUGGAGCUGGAGUGGGGUUCCAUGCAGCAGUUCCUGUAUGAGAUCUCCAACCUGGACACGCUGACCAACAGCAGUAGCUUUGAGGGUUACAUCGACUUGGGCCGAGAGCUCUCCACACUGCAUGCCCUGCUCUGGGAGGUGCUGCCCCAGCUCAGCAAGGAAGCCCUCCUCAAGCUGGGUCCACUGCCCCGGCUCCUCAACGACAUCAGCACAGCUCUGAGGAACCCCAACAUCCAGAGGCAGCCAAGCCGCCAGAGUGAGCGGCCCCGGCCUCAACCCAUGGUACUGCGGGGGCCGUCGGCCGAGAUGCAGGGCUACAUGAUGCGGGACCUCAACAGCUCCAUCGACCUUCAGUCCUUCAUGGCUCGAGGCCUCAACAGUUCUAUGGACAUGGCUCGCCUCCCCUCCCCAACCAAGGAAAAGCCGCCCCCACCGCCACCCGGUGGGGGUAAAGACCUGUUCUAUGUGAGCCGUCCGCCCCUGGCCCGUUCCUCGCCAGCAUACUGCACAAGCAGCUCAGACAUCACGGAGCCGGAGCAGAAGAUGCUGAGUGUCAACAAGAGUGUGUCCAUGCUGGACCUGCAGGGCGAUGGGCCCGGUGGCCGCCUCAACAGCAGCAGUGUUUCCAACCUGGCAGCCGUAGGGGACCUGUUGCACUCAAGCCAGGCCUCACUGACGGCAGCCUUGGGGCUGCGGCCUGCACCUGCCGGGCGCCUCUCCCAGGGGAGUGGCUCCUCCAUCACGGCAGCUGGCAUGCGCCUCAGCCAGAUGGGUGUCACCACGGACGGUGUCCCUGCCCAGCAACUGCGUAUCCCCCUCUCCUUCCAGAACCCUCUCUUCCACAUGGCUGCUGAUGGGCCAGGCCCCCCAGGGGGCCAUGGAGGGGGCGGUGGCCAUGGUCCACCUUCGUCACACCACCACCACCACCACCAUCACCACCACCGAGGUGGAGAGCCCCCUGGGGAUACCUUUGCCCCAUUCCAUGGCUAUAGCAAGAGCGAGGACCUCUCUUCAGGGGUCCCCAAGCCCCCCGCUGCUUCUAUCCUUCACAGCCACAGCUACAGUGAUGAGUUUGGACCCUCUGGCACUGACUUCACCCGUAGGCAGCUCUCACUCCAGGACAACCUGCAGCACAUGCUAUCCCCUCCCCAGAUCACCAUCGGUCCCCAGAGGCCAGCCCCCUCAGGGCCCGGAGGUGGGAGCGGUGGGGGCAGCGGCGGGGGUGGCGGGGGCCAGCCGCCUCCUUUGCAGAGGGGCAAGUCUCAGCAGUUGACAGUCAGCGCUGCCCAGAAACCCCGGCCAUCCAGUGGGAAUCUGUUGCAGUCCCCGGAGCCGAGUUAUGGCCCUGCCCGUCCACGGCAACAAAGCCUCAGCAAGGAGGGCAGCAUUGGGGGCAGCGGGGGCAGCGGUGGCGGAGGGGGUGGAGGGCUCAAGCCCUCCAUCACCAAGCAGCAUUCUCAGACGCCAUCUACACUGAACCCCACGAUGCCAGCCUCUGAGCGGACGGUGGCCUGGGUCUCCAAUAUGCCUCACCUGUCGGCUGACAUCGAGAGUGCCCACAUCGAGCGGGAAGAGUACAAGCUCAAGGAGUACUCGAAAUCGAUGGAUGAGAGCCGGCUGGAUAGGGUGAAGGAGUACGAGGAGGAGAUUCACUCACUGAAGGAGCGGCUGCACAUGUCCAACCGGAAGCUGGAAGAGUAUGAGCGGAGGCUGCUGUCCCAGGAAGAACAGACCAGCAAAAUCCUGAUGCAGUAUCAGGCCCGACUGGAGCAGAGCGAGAAGAGGCUACGGCAGCAGCAAGUGGAGAAGGACUCGCAGAUCAAGAGCAUCAUUGGCAGGCUGAUGCUGGUGGAGGAGGAGCUGCGCCGGGACCACCCCGCCAUGGCUGAGCCGCUGCCUGAACCCAAGAAGAGGCUGCUCGACGCUCAGCUCCUCAUCAGAGAACCUCCACAGACCCCUGAUGACACCUCCUGCACAGACCCAUGUCCCAAGACACCCUGGAAAGAGCCCUUGCUGCUGCCCCUGGAACUGUCCAGUGAUACCUUAGCAACACCAAGAGGCUUACCUUAGACGGGCCCAGCACAUUCACAGGUCACACCCCCUUCCCUACAAAACCCACUCCUCCAAACUUCACCAAUUCUAAACACUCCUCUUCCACUAUCUCUCCGGUGUAUGUCUGUCACCCCCCAUUUCACCAGACCGUCCUUGGGGGUUGGGAGGUUGGGGGCCGGUUUGUUAAUCGGGGGAGGUGGUGAUGGGUUGGGGAACCCUGGCUAUAGGGGCUGUGCUGACUGCCACAGGUAGGUUGGGGUUUCCUCUUCCUUCCCUCUACACCUCCUUUCCAAUCCUCACCUGUUUCUCUCUUCCUCCUCUUUUAUAUCUGAGAGGCAGAAGGCAUCUGGGGCUCAUAUUAGCCCCCGUUGGGUAGGGAUUAGGAGUAGGUAGUUAACCCAGGGAGACUUUGGGGUACCCUGGGAAUAAUGCCAUUGAGAUGUCCUGACAGUAGACAGAGUGGGUAGAACAAAGAGAAGGAACAGGAAAGGAACCUCGGACAGAUGUUGGGACGUGGACUUGCCCAUGUGGCCUGGGAGUUAGAAGUGGGGAGAGAUGUCUUCCUAGGUCAGAUCAUAGGCCGGGUACAACGGUGAUGCCUGGGCAGAGAUGCCAGGAGCAGCACACUAAAUAACCUCUUCAUUCUUGUCAGAGCUCACAUCCCCAGGUUGCUAAUGCCACUCACUCCCUGUCUCCCACCACCCAGUGGCCUUGCCGGACACAUAAUCCUACCUAAAAAGCCAGUAAAUGAGAACCUGUCAGCCACAGACAUCAUUUCUGAGAUACUUUAUUUUCUUUGGGAUUGAUGUGCAGUGAGCAGUGGCUCCUCAUACUGUAAUUUUAACUCUCUGUCUGCCCAGCCUCUCUGUCAAAGUAGUGAUCAGCAAACAGAUGCUAAAAGGCACCAGGGGACCUCACCAUUUAAAGGACUCCUGCAGUGAAUUCUUUUGUAAAGUGAAUAAUGGUACCCUAAUUUAUCUACUUUCUAAAUUUGGGUCCAUGGGGGUGUAGGGGGCAUGCCUAUGUGCUGUUGCCAGCAGACAAGCAGAGGGAAGGGAAUCUGGGGGUUCCUUCCUCUGCUGUGCUCAGGAUACCCUACCAUUCAUAAUUGCGUCUCUCACUGACUUGGAGAAAGUAUGUGACACCCAGUAAGGUAAGAAGGCAGCUUUGCUUAAGGCUGGGGUUUGGGUGACCUGAGCUUCUUGAUCCUGGGAUAGAAGGGAAUGGUGCUCUGGGAGUCUUUAUUUGGAAUGUUUUUGUAUCCUUUGGAGAUGUCAGACAUAGCCACAUUGCCAGGUCUAGAUGCGCUGUGGCCCAAGAAAUAAUUUGGACAUUUGUUCUAAACCACUUGUAGUAGGUAUUGGUCCCCCUGCAAUUAAGCCAUUAAUUUAUAAAUUAGUUUUGAGCCUGAAUUUUGAAAAGCCAAGUGAGCAACCAGAAGUGGAGGGGAGUUCAGGUAACUUUCUUCUUUCCCAGCAGAGGAGCAGCAGGUAGGGCUAGGGCAGGAAGCAGAAGUUGGUCCAGGAGCGACAGGAGGUGAUGGGAGUAGGACCAGGGGUGGGAAUAGGGUCUGGUACCCCUCACCUUCUAUCUGGGCACCCAGGGAGAGGGACUGAAAGGCAGGCGGGGGUGGAAGAGAAUAAAGCCACUUUCUGCUUCCCAGGGAUGCAGAGAUUGGGGCAUGCUGUGUCUCUGCAGAAGCUCCUAGUCAUUUUCGCCAUAAGUGAGAGAGCGGCAGCCCUCCCACAAGAUCUUUCCCUUCCCACACCACGCCCCUGAUCCCCUUCCUUUCCCCCCAGUACAGUUAAACCUCUCUAAUUUGGAAUGUUAUAUUUGAGAAGAUGGCCACUCUGAAUAAGUGACAAAACUGAAUGACAGUGUCUAUUUAAUGAAAUGCAUGUCUUCAAAAUAUAUACAGUAAGUAGAACUGAAUGAACAAAGGCUUUUUCCACUCAGGUCCUCAGGGAGCAUGCAUUAAUGAAUAGAUAGGAUUGAAAAGUCUGUUUUCUGGUAUAGGUUAAAUAGCCCCUCCUACAGACACAUUUCCACCACUAAUUUGCUUAGCACACCCUUUCUUCACAGAUAAAGGAAAACUCAAGCCCAGUUUUUGUUCAAAUUAUGAAAAAAUUCCAAAUCCACGGGGGUUUGGAUUAAUGAGGUUUUGCUGUACUGCCUCCCCUUGUUCCUCAACACCAAGUUCCUACCUCGGGUUAGGGGUGGGCUG